AUGCACCCCGCGAAGAUCAUCGAACGGCGGAAGGCGGCGGGGGCCGGGGACGAAUACGAGUACUACGUGCACUAUACCGAGUUCAACCGGCGAUUGGACGAGUGGAUCCCAGUGAGCAGCAUCGACCAAUCGUCUGUCAACACGGCGUGUGAAGAGAAGGCGGAGGAGAAGCAUGGCAGCGGGGUGAAGAUGACACGUCAUCAGAAGAGGAAGAUAGAUGAGCUGCACAUCGAAGAGGGCCAUGAGGAUUUCGAUGCGGCGAGUCUGAGGGAGCACGAGGAGUUCACCAAGGUGAAGAACGUUGCGACGAUAGAGCUGGGGCGGUACGAGAUGGACACGUGGUACUUCUCGCCCUUCCCCCCCGAGUACGCGCACUGCUCCAAGCUCUACUUCUGCGAGUUCUGCCUCGCCUUCCUCAAACGCCCCUCGCAGCUCGAGAGACACAUGCGCAAGUGUGACCUCAAGCACCCACCGGGGGAUGAGAUCUACCGCAACGGCUCCCUCUCCAUGUUCGAGGUGGACGGCAAGCGCAACAAGGUGUACUGUCAGAACCUCUGCUACCUGGCGAAGCUGUUUCUGGACCACAAGACCCUCUACUACGAUGUCGACCUCUUCCUCUUCUACAUCCUCUGCGAGUGCGACGAGCGGGGCUGCCAUAUCGUUGGUUACUUUUCAAAGGAGAAGCAGUCAGAGGAGGGGUACAACCUGGCCUGCAUCCUCACGCUGCCACCCUACCAGCGCAAGGGAUACGGCAAAUUCCUCAUCGCCUUCUCCUACGAGCUGUCGAAAAAGGAGGGCAAAGUCGGAACACCCGAGCGCCCAUUGUCUGACCUCGGAUUGCUGAGCUACAGGGGUUACUGGCUGCGCGUGCUGCUGCGCAUCCUGAAGCACCACCGCGGCAACCUCUCGAUUAAAGAGCUGAGCGACAUGACGGGAAUCAAGACAGAGGACGUCAUCUCCUCGCUGCAGUCGCUGCACCUCAUCCAGUACCGCAGAGGACAACAUGUGAUAUGCGCCGACCCCAAGGUGUUAGACCGGCACCUGAAAGCGGUGGGGAAACCAGGCUUGGAAGUCGAUGUUUCCAAGCUCAUUUGGACGCCAUACAGGGAGCAGGGUGGUUGA